AUGGGUAUUAUUUGGAAAUCCGCCAUGCCUUUAUUGACCACGUUGGCCGCUUUGGUGAUAAUAGUACAUUCGGCAGAAGAGGACUUGGAGGCGGAGUAUCGACAUGAUUUGAGGCCUAGGAUAUUGGAUACAGGAACACCUAGCUACGAUCAGCCGUGGAGAGCAAUAGAAGCAGACCCUCUAGUGCAAGAACCAAGAAAUACGGAAAAUUGGAAUAACGAAUCACCUGACGAGCCCCCAAAACGUCGCAGACCGGGACGUAAACGAAAACGUCGCCAGCAAACUAGCUCAGCAGAAGAUCUCGAACCACAAGACAGAAUUGUAUAUCCUGACGAACCACCUCGACCCUACUUUGAAGUAGAUUUCGAAAACACACACAGAACAACAGAAAUGCCUAAAAGAAGACGAAAGAUACCAGAAAAUAGACCAAUCCGUUGGACAGACGACGUUGUCGAGAUUGAGAGACCGGUUAGAAGAAGAGGUCAGAGAAGGAAGCGACCUUCCCUGGAGGCUUGGCCUGAAUUAAACGAAUUUAAAAAUAUCGAUCCCGCAAGCGAACCUGAAGCAAAAACAGAAACACUUGAUCAAGUAAACAUCGACGAUAUUAGAGUGGAAAUUCCACAAGCAGAGUUUGUACAAAUGAAUAAAAAUAUAGAGGAAAAACCUGAACAAAGGCCUUCUAAACUGAAAUUAGAACUGAAACAGCUGGCAACCGACGUCAUAAUUCCCCUACCAGUAGACGACUCUGAAGGUAUCCUUGCUCCUCAAAGAGUUCAUGCAGCCGAAGAUAAAUCCUUGUCAGAGUUUUCUUCAGAAUUUUUCAUGACAGAACCAAAACCUACAAAACGAAGCAAUAGUCUAAAUAUACUAGAACAUCAAAUAAACAACAAAUCUGAAAUAAAGGAAGGAUUUGAUAAAGCACAGGAUAGUUAUCUAAUGGAUCCAUUAACGCUAAAAGAUAUAUUGAAGAGAUCCAACGGUACAAGUUUAAGUGAAAUCCUGCAACAACAUAAUCUAUCGUUGACUGACUUGCUUCAUGGAAAGCAACACGCAGUGUCAAUAUUUAAAUCUCGUGACUCGAUAGAAGUCCAAAAUAGAAAUCCGACGGAAACAAGAAAUGAAUUAGACACAAGACAGGAGUUACAAGAUAAAGAUAGAUCAGAAGAGCAAACUCUAAUUAAUUUAGAAACAAAAUAUGAACCUGCUUCGGACCUUAUACCUGAAACGCAAACAGAAGAUGGUAAAAAAGAUGAAGACCCAGUUACAACAACUAUGAAACCUGUGGAAAAGACUCCGAAGAUUUCUACAAGACGUCGGUUUCCACAAGGCGUGCGUAAAAAGUUACGCAUGAGACCGAUGAUGAACGAUACAUACAAGGGCCAACUGAGUAGGGAUUUGGUAACAUUAAAUUCGAGAAAGUAUUCACAUUAUAGGAGGAACAUGACUAAGUCUAAAGAAUGGCGGGAUGUGUUACCAUCUAUGAUGCAGAACAAUAGACCUGGCGAGAAAAAUCCCACUGUUAAGGUAGAAACUACUACAAUGGCGAUUAUACCAGAAGAAACUACUAUAACAUUUGAAGUUGCUUUUAAUAACAUUUCAUCUGAAGAAAUAAACUUACAAGAUGAUUUGAACAUCAAACUUGAUGACAUCGAUAUGGAAACGACGGAGGCUGCCACAAUACCGACGGAAGAAAUAAUUACUGAAACUCCAAAGCCGAUAACAGAAAAGUCGAUGGUUGUACCUAUGAUUAGACAAUCAGUAAAUUCAUCGGGUUUACGAAGACAGGCAUUUAACAAUAGACUUAAAAGGAAACGCCUAAAGCAUAAAAACGCCACGACCGAACCACCGCAAGAUGACAUUAUAAAACACUUAUUCGGACUGGGUACUUUAGUUUCAUCUUCUGAGUUUAUAGCAAGAACGGAAGAUACGAAAUCGGUAGAAAAUGAUGACAAUGAUCUAACUACAUUGGAAGACUUUAUUACAACCGAAAGCACGCACAUGACUGAAAAUGGUGCAGUUAAGUCCAGAACGACAGUGUCGAUUGCCGAGACACCAAUUCCAAUAUCCAGUACAACAGAAGAAACUGCCAAAAUAGAGAUUGAAGAAAUUCUUAAUGACACUCGAACGAGUGCCAAACUAUCUAAGAUAUUGAUGGAACGAAAUAUGACACUAAGCGAACUUGUAGAACACAGGGAACGUGGAUCCAGCCAUGUGCAUUUGGCUGACAUAUUCCACAACGCAUCUCGAGAACCAAAUCCACCAGAGCCGUUCUUAUCUAAGUCUCUUUUAGAACCUAUAUCAAAAGAGACUUAUCCAUUGAGAGCUCUUUUAGAUGCUAAUUUGCAUGAUCCAAAUGCAAGAAUCACAACAGAUGAGCCAGGUAUGAUAAGCAAUGUGAAUAUCCCUGUUGUAAUGGACUUCAGAAACAAUGUGAAUGAAAAUGCAGAAAAUAUGGGUAUCAUGUCCUUAUUCCAUAAUUUUACCAAGCUCGCAAAUACAACUAUACUGACUGACUCAGAGGGGAGCGCGUACAAGACGUCGAUAGAACCCGUUAAUGUAACAAAUGUAAAUAACGUAAAUAACGCUUCUGAACCUACCCGAGAGAGCCGAGUUUUAAGCGAAGGCCACGACAUAGUCGAUGAUAUAGUCAGCUGGAACGAAAUAUUUUCACUGAUGGGAAGGAAUCACAAUAACGAUACACCAUCAAACUCUAUAGAAGGGCUAUCAUUGCAACCAUUUAAGAAAAUCAGACUGGACGAGGACGCGGAUGGCGACGGUUUAAUAGUAUUAGAGGACCUCCAACACCUUAAAGAUUUUGAAAACAACAUUGCUUCUGAUUCUGAUGAGAAAAUAGAAGUCAACGGCUAUGACAAUAAAGAGGAUUCACAUAAAGCAGGUAUUCUCGAUACAAUACCUGCCCAAACCAAAUCCGUGACAGUGGCUACGGCUAGCAUUGCUGGUUUGGCAAUGAUAUUAUUCUUACUGACUUACGCAACAUUCAAAUGGAGGCAGCAGAGGUCAGUGAUAAGAAAGAAACGUAGUUUCGCCGACGAACGAAUUCCAACACCUGUGUUUGAAAAUAGAAAAGGUCAUAAGCAUAACAGCAGUACACGCAGUAUUAGUCCCAUGUUGCAGACAUCUAAUAUUUACACACUGAAUACAUUAGAUUCACAAAAUGGUAAAGAUUCACCUGACUACAUGUGGGAUACUUUAAGAAAACCAUUCCAGUAGGCAAUAUUUAAGUUAUUAACUAGUUUCUGGACGAAUUGGUUAUGUUAGAUUAAUUACUAUGUAAUAUAAAUAGUUGAUAUAAAUAAUGGGUGUUUUCUACAAUACUGAAGUGUAUAGAUAUUUGAAAUCGAAAAUUGUGGAAAAGGCCUCAUAUUUUAAACUAGUGACCUGAUACUGAUUAAGAUUUUUAUAAAAUAGAUCAAUCACAAAUAAAUUACCACAAUACUGUUCCUCUGCUGUUUCAGAUAUAUUUCUUAGGUCUUAGUCUUAUAUUGCUCUUCAGAAGCAAUAUACAUAGAUACGUAAAUAUGUACUUGCUAUGAUUGUUUCUGGUACAAUACAAUUAUAUUUGCACCAACCAGCAAAACUAUUUAUCUGUACAAUAACUAAAUUAUUUCCUCCUUUUUAAAUUGAUAUUGCAACAAAUAUCAAUAUGUUAAAUAUAAUAUUAAUUUAUUUGUUUCAUUUCAGUAUUAUGCUUUAAGUGCAAUGUGACAUAUCAAAGACAUUUUUGAGUGUUUCUUAUUUUUUAUAGAGUUAUCCUUAAAAAAUAAAAUAAU